GCACUCUUUCCUGCUACAUUCCUCCUUCCAGUCGUUCGAAAGCCUCCGCAAGGCAGAAAAAAACCGGUCCGUUUCGAUUAGCGUCCGCAAGCGCACACGCACUUCAACAAUCGUGUAACAUUACCGGCUGUGCGCCCAGCAGUUCACGCCUGGGCGUCGGCCACUGGACAUAGCAAGUACACAUCCCGAGGCACAUGGUACCUUGGCUCGAGUGGAACGUCUCCGGUGUACCGCCAGCAAGGACCACCAAGACAGCGACAGCGUGAAAGAAAAACUGGUCCCAGAAUGCAGUUCACGGUGGUGGUGGUGGCCAUCCUGAUGGGGGCCAUCCACGCUGUCGCCCCGGCAUCAGACGCCCUCAAGGUGAUGGUCGCGAACAACGCUUUUGCUUUCGAACUUCUUCCGCUGAUGUCGACGUCCCAGCUGGACAACGUCUUCUACUCACCCUACAGCGUGACCACGGCCCUCGCCAUGGUUCACGCCGGCGCGGACGCUUUGACGCUGCGUGAGCUCCACGAAGCCCUGAAGUACAACUUAGUUGGGCUCGCGGAGGACAAAGUAGUGAGUGCUCAUGCAGACUUUAAUCGGCACCUGUUGGGGCCGUCCAACUCGACGCUCGAGGUCGCCAAUGCCGCAGUCCUGGACCAGCGGCUGAACGCCCUGUCGUCUUACCUGAACGCGUUGAAGAACGGCUUCGAGGCGGAGCUUCUCAAGGCCGACUUUUCCGGUGAUGAACGGGCGACCCUGAACACCAUCAAUUCGUGGGUAAGCCAGAAGACGCAGCAGAAGAUUAGCAAGUUGUUCGAUGAACCGCUGCCUAGCUUCACCAAACUGGUACUUCUGAACGCCAUCUACUUCAAGGGGACGUGGCUCAGCAAGUUCGACCAGUCGAAAACUUCCAAGGCCCCUUUCUACACGGCUGAUGGCCGUUCUACAAGCGUCGACACCAUGCAGGGCGUUGUCAAGGCGGGAUACGCUUACGUCAGAAACUUGGCAGCUACUAUGUUGGAACUGCCUUACAGUGGUCUCGACUACAGCAUGAUUUUGCUCGUUCCUCAAAACGGAUCCAGCGUUGAAGUGCUAAAGAGACAGCUGAAUGGAACGGCAAUAGCGGCCGCUAGGCAGAGGCUCCGCGAAUCCAGGAUUAAACUUCACCUUCCGAGGUUCAAGCUGGAGCAGAAAUACGAUCUCAAAGAGGUGCUGCCCAAGCUGGGAAUCAAGAGGAUCUUCAACGCGGGCGAAGCAGACCUGUCCCGAAUCAACGGAGAAAAAUCGCUGUUCGUGGACCGGGUGGUGCACAAGGCUGUGGUGGAGGUGAACGAGGAAGGCAGCGAGGCGGCAGCCGUCACUGGUGUCACCAUCAACACGCGAACCACUACCGGUCCCAGCGAGAUACACGUGGACCGGCCGUUCCUCUUCUACAUUACCAACAAACGCAUAGGAAACAUACUCUUCGUCGGACAAGUGAACAAAAUCGAUUGAGUGCCUGCCCACACUGGCACUGAAUGCGACGGGCGUAUACGAACUACUGGCUUUGGUUUACGGUUAUACAAACAAUCUUUAGUCGACCGGGUGCCUUUAUAAAAAAAUCUCGUUCAUUGUACGUUUA